UACCAACAUCGUCAUUGUUCUUCCUUCUCUCUCUUAUCUUAUCGGUCUCCUUCAACUUCCCCAGUUUCAGCCUGUUUGCUCUGUUUGCCUCCAUCCUUUCUUUCCCGCAUCGCAUCUCCGAAGCGUUCUUGAAGCUCCAGCUGGCCUGAACCGGAAAGCAACCCCAGUCCCACGCGCGCGUCUCUCAGUCUUUUUUCCUCUGCUCUCUCCUCUGGAGCGGAAAAAAGGAUUGAGAAAUAUUCUCUUUCAUUUUUGUAUUUUUUUUUUCUUUUUUGAAUCGUUCAUAUACUAUCCUGAAAGUGGGAAAAAAGGAGGAAUAACAUUCAAGAGAAACCGCGGGGAUGCAUUCGACAAUCAACCGCACGCAAACCGUCUUCGGUUUCUUCACGACGGUAGCAUUAACUGUCGCAGCGGCAAUUGCGCUUUCGGUUCUACUAUAUCCAGCUGAUGACGUGACGAGUAGUGUGGAGUUGAAGAAUGUGCAAGUGAUCAAGGGCCGACCGCAUUACUACUCUUCUAAAAAAGAGGAAUACGCACGAAUCAGUUUCGAUUUGGAUGCUGACCUCUCUCCGCUAUUUAACUGGAACACGAAACAACUCUUCGUCUACGUUUAUGCUUCCUACCCUUCUUCUAGCGAUGCCCUUGCAACCUCCGAAUCCAUCAUUUGGGAUAAGAUCAUCCCCGCUCCGGAAUCGCCUUACUCGCCUAGCGUGUUGAAGGAGCGCUUCUUCCCUGCCAAGUCUACGUCGAAAUCGAAGAGUCGGAGACAAUCAUCGUCUACCAAGCAGACACAGAAGAAAGGGGAGGGCAAGCCCGGUGUGCUGAAGCUGAGAAACCAGAAGCCAAAGUACCAGAUCACGGACAUCACCGGUAAGAUGGCCGAGAGACAGAAUGUCACGUUAACUGUGGGAUGGAACGUGCAGCCGUGGGUUGGAGCACUCUGGUGGAGCGCUGGUACAGGAGCAGUCCCUCACACGUCAGGCCAGACCGGCCAGAGUAAGACCUUCGAUCUUCCUCCGUUGAAAGGUACCCGGCAAGAGGGAGCAAAUGGUGAUGCGGCCAAGACGAAGGCGAACGCAUGAUAGCUUUUUCCUGAAAGACGAAUAUUGAAAUUCUCUUGGGGCUGCAGCGAUAACUAUUCA